AUGGCCAAUAAGAGAAGAGCAAAGAAGAUCAGGCCUCCAUACCGGAAGUACGUCUACAGAUCCAACUUCACCACCAAGGAAGACCUGGAAGACGAAGAAGAGCAUGAAGAGACCGUCACGCCAAGUGGGUUUGCCUCCUGGGAGGACUUUUCCAUGAAAACAAACACCAAUAUCCAUCUGGUGUAUGUGUUGACCGAGAGAGAAGGCCCCCAGGGGAAGAGAUGGCCAGUGCUGCAGUUUGAAAAGGUGGAUGUGUUGUUCUGGUGCCUUUAUAGCAGUUCUGAUGAGUAUAAGCGGAAGCUCGAGGAGCUCGAGGCGAAGAAGAUGGUGGAGCUCGAACGGCAGAAGAGGCAGCAGAAUCUGCUUACGCUACCGGUGGAGAUCAUUAUACAUAUAUUGGAGAUCUUGCUAUAUCAGAAUAGGCUUAGGCCUCGGUUUCUACGCUUGCUGAAGCUUUUCUAUGCUAUUACCAUGCCGUUGAUUUAUCGAAGGCCGGUGCUUAACGGCAACAACUUUUUUCAGUUUGUGGAUACCAUUCUGGGCAAGAACACUCAUGGCAUGUACAUUCGAGACUUGGACUUAUCGUCCGUCAACCAGCUGGGCAAGAAUGCGUUUGUCGCUAAGCUUCUCAAACGGUCCCGGCCCUUUCUUGAGGCCUUCACCGCUCCACAGACCAGUUUCGGGCUCGGCCCGCUUAUAGCACUACGAAGCUGUGAACACCUACGGGUUCUUGACCUACGCUUGGUUUCAGAAACACUCAAUUUGGAGGAGCUUUUUCACUCUAUUCGUGAUUUGAAGCAACUCACGCAUCUUCUGUUUCCACGGUCCUCGUUGGAAAUCGAAAACUACCUGAACAUCAACUGGCCUCCGAAAUUGGAGUUCCUCCGUGUUUCAGGCGGCAUCUCAGACGACUUUCUCAUCCGUUCAGACUUUCCUCUGUCCAUCAAACACAUGGAGUUUGCCCACUGCCCCAAAGUGGCUCACUCUGGUUUCCAGCACUUGCUCCUGAAACUAGGAGCUAAUCUCAAGUCAUUACGUAUCCAGUUCCCCAUGCCGGGUCUCCAGGGUAAUUCUCUCGAUACGGUAUUUAUUUAUUGUCCCAAUUUGCAGACCCUUGAAGUUACAGUUGACUACUUAUCGCAAGCAAUCUUUGACGACGAUUUGUUGCCCAUGUUGCCAUACCAGCGGCCCCUUCGCCGGUUGUUUAUCAGCAGCAGCGGUAUGCUUGGCACUAACGAUAAAGUUGAUCCUGUGGACUUGGCAUUGGCGCUUUCUGAAGAGAAGUUGCCCUUGCUACGGUUUGUACGGUGCACGGCCAAACUUGGCUGGGACUCCAACUCGGAGUACGUUUCAUUCAUCGCCCAGGAGCUCGAAGAGCGCAAGGGCGGUCUUUACAUAGGUUAUUAG